GCGGGGUUAAGGCCCCGUAGCGGGGUUAGGCCUCACAGCGGGGUUAAGGCCCCGUAGCGGGGUUAGGCCUCAUAGCGGGGUUAAGGCCUCGUAGCGGGGUUAGGCCUCACAGCGGGGUUCGGCCUCGUAGCGGGGUUAGGCCCCAUAGCGGGGCUCGGCCUUGUAGCAGGGUUCGGCCUCGCUCGCUGCUGUGCCGGGAGCUGCUCGUACUGCUGGGGCUCGUUCACCUUCAUCGCUCCCUGGUGUUUCUUUAACCCCUCGGAAAGCGUUUUCAGCCUGUUAGGAAAAUAUCUGUGUGUCUGGUACCCCUUAGUCACAGGCUGAGCUGAGGGUGUGGGCCUGGGGCCGGGCAAGAGGCCUUGCAGGCCUUGUGUAACGCCGGGUUCCCGAAGGAAGCGAUGCGGUUGUGUCAGGGUGUCUGUGAGGCCAGACGAGCGGAGGAGGGCGGGGAUGCAGAAGUAACGGUUCUGGUGGCGGAAGGAAGGGCUGAGGGCUGAGGGGAGCGGAGCAGGCCCUGCCUCCGCUGUGCCGCCCGUGGGAGCUGAAGCCGAACGUCCCGGUGCCGGCUGUGGCCUCCGGGGAGCAGGGAAGGGGGGUUUUCCUUUACAAACGUCGUUCUGCUCUGAGCCGACGCGGUGAGUCAGCAGCGUUACGUCUCCUCGCAGAGAAAAUUCCACCCCGUGAGGACAAUGCCGGCACUGACCCAGCUCGGAAAUGAGGCUCAGCAUAAAUGAGGUCAAUCAGCAAAUCCCGCUUGUGCUGAAGUUUGGGAUCUGAUGGUCGCAGUUUACCCCAAAGCCACCGAGCUGGCUCCUGUGCCUCGCUGUCAGCUGAGCUGCGCCCAGCCUGAAUGCGGAGAGACAGGCAGGGAAGCAGCCCCAAACGACAGGCAGCAGACACUGAAGCAGAUCUGUCAGUUUCCACCAGGGAUUGCCUGUGAAGCACACUGUGCUGUUCUCUGAUUUUAGAGGUAAAUUCUGAAAGGCAGAAGAAGUGGGCAGUGUGGCAAGGCUGGAAAAGGCUGAGCUCCCCCAUCCAGAACAGACAGAACUCAGAGGAAAGAGUUGAACCUUCUGCUUCUGGGCAAACCACGGCUUUGGGCGGCUUUUCUGCCCUGCUAUGAGAGAAACCUGCUGCACUUCCAGCUUUUACUUUCUGUUCUUGGUUCCCUCUGAGCCUGAUCUCUGAGGAAUUCCUGCUUCCUUAAUUCCCUCCUUGCAUUUCAAGAAUUAGCUGGAGAUCUGCUCAGAUCUCUUUCUCCCCUGGAAAGCUGGUAAGAAAUGAAUGGAAAAUCAGGCAGGUCGGGGCUGCGGGACAUCAGUGGGGCCGUGCUGGCAGAUAACAGGCAGUAAAGGCAGAUGAUCAGCAGGAGAGCACUGACUUUUGCUCUUUCAAACUUUGCACCGCAGGAGGGAAGACAAGCUCACAUCUCUACGGGGCAAUGUCCACGUGCCCUGGUAUGCUUUGAUGGAAACUGUUCCUUUACAGUGACAUCUCUGGAGAGCACGCCUGGGAAAGGGGCAGGGAAAGAUACACUGACUUCGUCAAAACAGAGGGGCCCAACUGAAGCUAAAAAUAAAGGCCUGCUGUUUUCAAAGAACUAUAGCAACAGCCAACAAUUUAAGAGGUGUAUUCGGAUGAGAAGACCAAGACAAAGCAAACAAGCUGUCACAAGUAAUCUCUGAAACUGUGUGGGACAUAGCAACGUCUGGGAUGUCUGCUGGCAUUGAGGAAAAGGGCCGGAUUGUGAUGGGAAACUGCGGUGAGCAGCACCAGAGAUCCCCAUACAGAGAGCUGAGCUCCUGCGUGCUGUGCCUGAUCCUGCUUUGCCAUGCUGGACUCAGCUGAAAGCUGCUCCCAUCACAGAGGAGAUGAACACCAUCUUGCAGGCAUAGCGAGGACACACGGGGUAUAACUUUGUUGUGGGGAAUUUUGUUCAUGGUUGUGGCCGCCUCCAGGACUGAGCACGAAGCUCCUGGGCAGCAUCCCAGUUCUGAGCAGUGAGCAGCAGGCAGGUGGCUGCAGAGCAGUGGGAUUCCUUAGGUGUGAUGCAGUGGCAUCCACAGGCUGGUACUGCCCAUCCUGCUUGUUGACACUGCCUGCACAAAUCACAGGUGUGACAUCUGUAUGUUUCUUAAACAAUGUGUCGAAAGCACGAUGGCUCAGGAGCAAUUUGUGUAGCAAAGAGAGCAAGUUUAAAUUAAACUCUUUUUCCUUGAGUGGCACAGUGAUGUUCAUUAGCAGAGGAGAAGUGACAGUGGUGGUUCUAUCAGAUCUGCCCACCAAACCCAGUGUGGGCAGCAGCCUAUGGCAGGGAGCAGAGCUGGCUGCCCUGCAGUACACUGCCACGCAGCCUGCAUGUGGCUGGGGGUGAGGAUGUGCAGGAAGGUCUGGUAUUUUGCAAGGUUUCUGGCUGUUCUAUUCUAAUACACACCCUAAAAACAAACCCAGCUGUUUUUCAAGCGGUUCCUGUCUCAGUGUGAGCGGUCAUUGAGGGGCAGCUCCCCAGCUUUUGCAAAAGCUCCUGGUGCCUGAAGGCUCCUUGGCUGCUUCUGAAAUGCCUCUGGGAAGAGCACGGGUUCCUAACUCGCAGUCCAGGCUUUCACCUCACUGUCCCAAAAUGCAGCCGCUGUGAGGCAACACCCUGAGCUGGGGGGCAUGAUGUGGUGUGGGGAACCAGCAGGUGCUGGAAGGAAGAGCGAUGCUGGAGCAGGUCCUUGCAGCUCUGCUUUGCAAGACUGGAGUGGGACAGAAAGGCUCAGAACCCUGCACUGCCACUAUUAUGGUGCGCUGUGGGCUGCCAUGGGGACAGCCUGGAGCUCAGGACCUGCCCUGGGCACGUGGUGUGCUCUGCUGCCCGCUGCACUCAGGUCAGCUCAGGCUUGACUGAGCAAAGGCAUCUGAACAAAAGAGUCCCAGCUGCUAACCAGGAACUAAUUCCUUCUCAGCUCACACCUCGCCCUUGUGAUGUCCGACUGCAGCCUGCUUCCCAGGCCCCUGCCAGCCUUCUACUGUCACCUUCAGUGCCUUUCCCUGCAGGAAGCAGCUGUCCAUCCUGCUCGUGCCAUGUUCCAUGUCCCAGGUCCCCCACAGCCACCUGCACUGCAAUUGGGCCCCUCCAUACCCUCAGCCCCCCCUGACCCCCACCUGGCAGUGAGCACAAUGCUCCCUUACCCUGUAAUUCAGGACAGACAAGCCACCUUGCUUACAACCUUGGAAGCAUUUCCACAUGGCCUGAAGGCAGCCCUGCCGUUGUUUUUCCCCACAUCACUAUAGGAUAGUAAUAAGUGUGUGUCCCACCACUGGAGGAGAUCCUUCCCAUCCCUGCUUUCUGCAGUAUUCCUCCCAUAAUUGACUCUUGUUUGCUCUGCCAGAAGUGCAGCCGCCCUUUUGCUGUUGUUCUUUUUCACUCCAAUGUUUUUUCUGCCGUUCUGCUGAAAAAGGAGUAGGAGAACUGGCAGAGGAGCUGCUCCGUGUGACAGCACUGAGGCUGGGCUGGACAAGGGAGGGGCUGAACUUCCCUGCUCACAUAUCUUUAAGAGAUUUUGGCCAUUUUCCUUUUGAUGCUGGAUGAGGUGAGUAAGGGCAGCAAUAUAGCGCUGCUUAUGUAUGGAUAUGGGCUCUGGCCAGAUGUAAUAUUCAUACACGUAAAGGUCACCAAAUAUCUUCAGAAUAAAGAAUUACUAAAAAAAAUAUUCUCCAAAUUAUCCCUGACUAAAUGAGUAUCACAGACUCAUUCCCACCGUUUCCCAAAGGCUUUGCAGUGAAGCUCCUCCUAUUGCUGAUGAAGCACUUUGUCCCUCCUGACAUGAAGAUCACUGUCCUUAGGGCUGCUGGGACACGGUUAAAGAAUCCCAUAGAAGACUGAUUUUGCCCUCAAAAGUCAUUGCAAAAUGCCCAGGCUGGGCAGCCACCCAAGUGAUAUCUGAGCCUCCAGGGAGCCUUGGUGACAUCUACAGAGCAGAAACUGCGGCCAUCCCUGCUCCUUAGGAGUGGCCGAGCUUGGCCAGCGCUGUGCUACCAAGGGACAGAAUUAUGAAUUCCUGUCUUCAUGCCACGUAUUUUCUUCCUGCAAUUCCUUUUGCAGCUGCAAAACCUGAGAAUUCUGAGGACAUCUCAAGAGAUGCUGAUGGCAGAGAGAAACUGCCAGUUGUUUGCCUCCCUCCCAGCCUGAGGGGGGCUCUGCUGGCCACACCAAGGCCUGGGGGCUCAUCUUUUGAACCCCAAGGCCUCUUAUUUUCUUUAUGGGCAGGGUUUGUGUUUCUUUGUUUUCCUCUGGGGCUUUGAAUAGUUUUGAACUGAAAGCAUUUUAUUUUUUUUUAAACAUGUGGCUUUUAAUCCUUUUGAACUAAAAUUGCUUUCCAUGUGGCUGCUAAAGAGGCACUGACUGUUCCCACAUGCAGUUCAACCAUCUCAGUGCAUUUGGAUGCACUCAACAGCUGCAGAAGUAGAAGCAAAAGGAAGCACAAGUGCCAACUAUAUUAGAAAACACUUCAGUGAUUUUUGGAAGGCCGAGGAGCUGCCGUGCUUCACAGCUGAAGGGGCAAUCUUACCGGGUGUGACGUUGCCGGGCUCUGCUGGCCUCUCCUCAUCCCACUGCUGCCAAGGAGAAACUGGUAUAGCAAAGCACUCCGCUGCCAUAAGCUGCCCCGGGCUUUCUGUGCUGCUUGUUUUUCCUCCAAGAUCACUUUUAAUCCAGCUCAGCAUCACAAACCAUCCUGCAGCACUGCUCUGAAGUGGUAACAAGGAGGCAGGAGUGAUUAAUGGCCGCAGGAGGAGGUGGCAGAUGCCCUGGCAGCGUGGGCACAGAGCUAUUAGUCCUGCGAUGAGUCAGUGGGAGGCGCAGUGAUUCUGCACUGUGCCACAUUCAAGUGGGACGGCAGUGAGGAGCAGGCAGCGUUCCUUUAGCUCCCAGCCCCGUAAAUCCAUGCCCAGCCUGGACCUGCAGCUGCAGCGUUGUCAUCAAUUGUGAGGAAAUUCGGCCGCGCCAGCCUCGGAGGAGUACAGCAGAUGAUAUCAGAGCUGUUUUGCAACUAGUGAUGAUCCGGGGAAUGGGAGCGCUCUAUGUGGUCCUCUGAAACAUCUCCUGGCCAAGUCUUCCUACGUGCACUGAGCUCGGGUCAUGCUGCACCGCUGAGGGCAAGACUGUGCUGCCUGCACCACCACCGACCAACGUGUCAGCAAGGACUGGACCUGGCCAGAGGAGCUCCUGCUUGGGAAGUCAGGCUUUACAGUGUCACUAUGUUGGAGCAGAUCCAUCUGCUGGCUGCCGUCACAGUUCUUGGGGUGCUGGAGCAAGGUUAUAGGUGGUUUGUUGACCAUGGAAGAAAGAAACCAGAAAUCCAGUGGCUGUAUGUGUCUGCAUACUGCUUGCUUCGCCAUUGCACUGCUACAUUCCUUUGCCUUGUCUGCAUGUGCCCGGCUCUCGCUGUGAUGUGGGGCUGUGAGGUGAUCCACGCCAGGCGCACGUUUGGCGUUUCUCCUCCCAACAUCUCAGGCCCACCUGAAUUUGAGCGGAUCUUUCGAGCACAGGUGAACUCCUCAGAGUAUUUUCCCAUUUUUGUGGCACUCCUAUGGCAGGCUGGACUCUUCUUCCACCAAGGUCUGGCUGCAGCCCUGGGCCUGCUCUAUCUCUACUCCCGCUACUGCUACUUUAUGGGAUACAGAGCAUCAUCCUCAGACAGGCUCGCCCCCAUCUACUUCAGCACUGGUGUCCUCUGGGUGCUCGUUGCAGCAGCAACCCUGGGCCUCGUGCAUUUCUUCCUCUGUCACUAUGUGGGGCUGAAUGUCCUCCGGCUGCUUGCAGCAUGAUGUUCCUGGCCACCACUGCCAUCACCACUUUGUGUCUGCCCCCAGCUACAAGACCACCUCACUGUGCUUCCAACACCUGUGGAGCUGGCAGGGCCACAGGGCCAUCCUGAAGGCUGCUUGUGCCCAGCACUCUGUGCCUACCUGCUCUGUGUGACUGAUAGCCAAACCUUCUCCAAAGCAAGGAGAAUUCUUGGAAAACAGGAUGUGUAAGUUCUUCUCAGCCCCUUCAUCCAGCCCAGGCACUGUGGGGUCAGCACAGCCCGCAUGGGAGGGAAUUCCUGAGGAAGCACCAUGGGCCGGGGCAGGGCAGAAGGAAGGGGCAGCCUGUGGCAGGUCCCAGCACACUGCUGGCUGUGCUGCACCAGCACUGCUGCACACAACAUGCACAGGAGAUGCUGCAAUAAAAGGAUGCUGAGCUUGCUGA